AUGACCAACUUCAGUCCGUCGGAGUUCAACGUACUCUGGGCCGACGUCCGCACCUACGUCACCAAGCACUGGAACGUCAGCUCAGGACGCAAGUCUGAGGUGUCUGCACGCGAUCUGCUACUGAUGCUCCUGCCGUCAAUCAAACACUGCGGUUCUUGGGAUAUCGUUGCUGUCACAUUCAAACAACACAGUCCAACGUUCCAAAAGAGAACGAUGAGCUUUGCUAAAACCCUGCACCCCUUUCUCCUCCGCAAGUACGUGACUACCGUCGUCGAAAAGUAUUCAAUGGCGUUGCUCACAACCAGUGGUCACCAAUUCGCUAACUUCCCGUUCGUUCGCUACGCAACCGACAUGUCUGCCCUAUCCAAGCAAGCCACUGAGGACCGCAUUGCCGUCCACGGGGAUGAAGGCACGAACCAGUGGGCCGUCAUAGCGGACAAGGGGUAUCAAGGAAUCCAACGGGUCGUACGUGUUGUGUUGCCGAAGAAGAAACCAGCAGGUGGUAUCCUCACGCUUGAGGACGUCCGCUCGAACGAUCGCAUUGCAAGCGAUCGUGUGAUCGUGGAGAACGUUUUCGCCGGAUGA